AUGCGUGAGCAAAAGAGAGAAGCUACGAAACAUGAGCGCAGGGCACGGGAACGUGCACGCCGGAAAGAGCGUCGAAAACAAUCAAAAGAGAAGGAUAAGAAUGACCCAUCUGCGGUAGCCCUCGUACGGUCACCCAAGAAGAAGCCUGAGCCGUUUGAUGCACGUGUCGUAGUGGACUUGGGCUUCGACGACUUGAUGACUCCAGACGAGGCCACCUCGCUGGCCGCACAACUUGGCUACCUGUAUGGCGUCAAUCGAAGCAGCUCUCAUCCUUUCCGUCAAGUAAUUUUCGCAGGGGCUGGCAGUCUCUCAGGUCAAGCCCUCGGGUUUGAACCACCGCCCAGCGGUGCCUUUUCGUACCCAGAAGCCAGCACCAGUGAGACGUCCCUCUUCCAGGACCGCGUGGGUCAGCACAUGGAAGGGAAAAGCCGAGGUAUGUGGCGCCGUUGGAAGAACGUCUGCCUUUUGGAAUAUGGCGGGCUCGAAUCGCUGUGGGAUACAUCCGCAACCUCAAACCUGGAGCCGUGUGCAAAGGAAGAUGUCAUCUACCUUACCGCUGAUACGGACGAUACCAUUGAGUGUUUGGAGCCAGGCAAGACCUAUGUAAUUGGUGGCAUCGUGGAUCGAAACCGAUACAAGCACCUGUGUGCCAAAAAAGCCGAGGCACUCGGCCUCAGAAUGGCUAGACUACCCAUUGACCCGUCAUUUCUGGACGGGCAGCACAUGCAGGCCCGCAAAGUCCUGACAGUGAACCAAGUAUUUUCGAUUUUGGUAGGCUGGUCCGAGACGCACAACUGGACCGAUGCGCUAAAGCGGGGGUUGCCCGCUCGGAAAUUCAACGCAAGUGCCGAGGAGCCGGACGUGCCCGACGCUGACGAGGAAGCGACAAAAUCCGUGACUUCCGACAAGGAAGAAACUGUAUAG